GGCGGAGCCCUAGCGGAGCCGCGCCGGCGGCAGCAAAGCGCCAAACGGAGAGGCGGAGAGAGGAUCUCGUCCGAGCCAAGGGAGAAGGGCCGUCGUCUAGGGCAUCUGCUCGGAGCAAAAGUCGCGAUUAAUGUUCCAAUACAAUAUAUCAGAAUUGAGUAUAGAGUUCCGGAGUUUGGAUGGACUACUCAAAAAGUGUUUCUUCUAUUGAACUUUCUUGUUAAUGGAGUUAGAUCAAUUGUAUUUGCAUGCCGUCGAAGUGUGCAGAAAAUAAGCCCUGAGAUUUUUCAGCACAUGCUACUUGAUAUGCCUGCUCUUGCGUUCUUCACAACAUAUGCUCUCUUGGUUCUGCUUUGGGCUGAGAUACAUGGAAUGGCACAGGGAAUAUGUACAGAUGGAUUGAGACCGGUUUUCUGCAAGAUUAAUGCGGUGGUUUAUGCUGUGCAGAUUUUUCUAUGGUUGCUCGUGUGGUGGAAGCCAAUUGCAGUCAUCAUAGCCCUGGCUAAGAUAUUUUUUGCCGGUGUUUCACUUCUUAUUGCUGUCGGUUUUCUUCUGUAUGGUGGAAGGCUUUUCUUCAUGUUGCAGUACUUUUCCGCCGAAUCCUACGGAAGGCAGAAGAAGCUGCAAGAAGUUGGCUAUGCUUUGGCCACAUGCUUCAUCUGUUUCUUGAUUAGAUGUGUAAUGAUCUGCUUCAAUGCAUUUGACAAAGCUGCCGACCUUGAUGUUCUUGACCAUCCGGUCUUGAAUUUGGUGUACUAUCUGCUGGUGGAGAUUCUCCCUGCUGCUAUAGUCCUCUACGUUUUGAGAACGCUACCACCCAAACGCGGAAUCAAACUAUAUCAACCAAUCAACUGACUCAUACCAGUUCUUCUACAACGGUAAAUUGCCUUCUCUUCCAACGCAAGCCGUCCAUACGCAAGAAAAUGGUUCAGAAAAAUUCUUGGAUUUGCUUCAUACGAAGUGCAGAAAGCUUCAUAAUCAAAAAAUUCUUUCAUUCGUACAAGAUCUUGUUCUACAGUAGAACUAACUCGUACUAACACACCAUGGGAAACGUAUAUGUUGGCCCUAUCGUAAGUUUUGUCUCCUCUUAACACCAAUUUUUUUGGGUUUUGUUCUAUAUUUUUCUUUGUUGACAGUAAACACAUUCAGUUGUAGGCCUAUUUCUUAAUAUGAGCUUUGCUGUUAGCUUUUUUUUUU